AUGGAGGAAACGUACCUGCUGAAUGUGGAAGGGGUCAAAAAGAAGAUCCUGCACGGAGGCCAAGGGGAGCUGCCGAAAUUCCAGGAUGGGAGCAAGAUCACCUUCCACUUCCAGACGCUGAAGGACAACUUCGAGCGGACGGUGAUCGACGACAGCCGGGAGGCCGGCAUCCCCAUGGAGAUCAUCGUGGGCAAGAUGUUCAAGAUGGAGAUCUGGGAGACACUGCUCAGCUCCAUGAGGGCCGGGGAGGUGGCGGAGUUCUGGUGCGAUGCCAUCCACACCGGCAUGUACGCCCUGGUGUCCAAGGGCAUGCGGAGGAUCGCGGAGGGCCGGGACCCCUUGGAAGGGCAGAAGCACCGCUGCGGCAUGGGCAACAUGUUCGACUACCACAGCACGGGCUACGAUGACCUGGACGAGCUGCAGCGGACGCCGCAGCCCCUCAUUUUCAUCAUGGAGCUGUUCCGGGUGGAAGAGCCCUCGGCGUACAAGCGCGACACCUGGGCCAUGAGCGAGGAGGAGAAGCUGGCGGCGGUGCCCCUGCUGCACAGCGAGGGCAACCGCCUCGUGCUCCGCAAGGAGUUUCGGCAGGCGGCGGCGAAGUACCAGGAGGCCGUCAUCUGCCUGAGGAACCUCCAGGCCAAGGAGAAGCCGUGGGAGGAUGGCUGGCUGAAGCUGGAGAGCCUGGUCACGCCGCUGGUGCUCAACUACUGCCAGUGCCAGCUGGAGCUGGGCGAGUACUACGAGGUGCUGGAGCACACGACGGAGCUCCUCCAGAAGCACAAAGACAACGCCAAGGCGUAUUUCAAGCGGGCGAAGGCCCACGCUGCCGUGUGGAACGAGCGGGAGGCGCGGGAGGACUUCCUGCGCGUGGCCCACCUCGACCCCGCCAUGGCGGCCGCCGUGAAGAAGGAGCUGAAGCAGCUGGGGGAGAGGAUGAGGAAGAAGCACGUGGAGGAUCGGAAGCGCUACCAGGGGCUCUUCCAGCAGCCCCAGGGGCCGAGGGCUGGCAAAGGGGCUGCAGCGGGCAGCGGGGGGCAGGAGGGGGAAGGGGAGAGGCAGCAGGGGGAGGUCGGGGUCCUGGAGACCCGGAGAGGGGAGCAGGACACAGGAGUGGGGCCAUCAGGGGCUGACGAAGGAGAGCAAGGGAACCCCGGGGAUAGGCAUGAAGAAGAAGCACCAGGAGGAGAUGCAGCCCCAGGGGAGCCUGCAGAGGUGAGGGAUCGAAUGGGGCAGGGAGAGGAAGCAAACCUGGGCACCUGCAGGGCAGAGCCAGAGAGCUGUGGGGCAGGGAGGGGGACAGGAGAGGAAGACAAGGAGACAGCGGAGGAGGAAGAGGAGGAGGAAGACAAGGAGAUAGUGGAAGAAGACGAGGAAGUGAUGGUGGAGGAGGAAGAAGGGGAGAAGGAGGCAGUGGAAGAGAAGGUGGUGGUGGUGGAGGAGGAAGAAGGGGAGAAAGGGACAGUGGAAAAGAAGGAGUUCCCUGACGAGGAGGAAGGACUGUCCUUGCACAGCCAGCACCCUAGCUACUGCAUGGACCUGAGCAACCGUGCUGGAAGAGGAUGA